AAGAGGGCAGGAGGAGUGGCGAGAGAAAACGAGGAUGAGGAAGGAGGGAGAAUAGCCGGAGGCAAAAGCGCAUGCGCGAGUAGCGCGUGGCGCGGAGUUACGAGAGUUUUAGUUUUAGUCCGUUGGUCUCGUCCCUUCGCGCGCAUCGCAAGCGCGGCUCCUCUUCCUCGAUUAAUUUCGAGGGCCCCGAGCGGUGCAGCCGCCCCCUAAAAAAGCGCUCCCGAAUUGCUGCAACGGGGGCGAAGAAUAACCCGCAAAGGGGCACCGGUUGCGGAUUUACUUUCCUCUUAAUUUUACAUAAAUAUAUAUUUUUCGCAAACUGCACGUGGAACUGAAGUGAAUACAUAUUGGUUUACUCGAAUAAUUGAUUGUGAGAAAUGAGAGGAAGAGGAACUGGAAGAUAACCUUGUGCGAAACAGAAGAAAGUCGGAGGAGGAGACAAAUGCGGUAUAAACAACGCGGGAACAACACAACGGCUGUUUUUAAUCGGCAAUAUCCACGAGCGUCAAACGCGUCGACUAAUUUUUAUAACGUAUAAUUUUUAAACGUGAUCACGUGUCACGUGUGACGGUCAUCUUCGGUUAAUCCGAAUAGGAUAACAGGCGGGAAGACAGCGAAUGUUUAUCCCACGUAUCACACAUCACAAAGCGAUCGUGACGAGAAGCUGAAGUGAUCUACGGGUAAAUUCACACACCGAGUGAACGAGAAAAAAAGAUCUGCGGUCAACGAGGAUGGAGGGCUUGGAUAUUGGGUCGAGAAAAUUGGAGGUGAACGCGAACCGCGAGAAGAUGGCGGGAACUAAGAAAACGGAAAUGAUAAAUCGGGCGCAGCGGCGAUGGCGUCUCUUGGCGAGAGCGUUGACGAGAUCGCCGGAGCCGCAGGAAGACGCCGAGGAGUUAGAACCUGACCCGAUUUCCGUGAGACGGUUCACCAACUUCGGCUUGGUGAACGCGGCGGCGUUGGAGAACAUUAUCGGGGAUCGUGAAUCGACGUGGUAUUCGUACGCGGCGACGAUAGACCGGAAGUGCUUCGCUGUCGACGUCAGAGAGGUGAACAAGAGCUUCACGGCGAACGAGCUGAUCGGCUUCAACAACACGGGCAACAUUUGCGUGUGGCCGUCGGAGGAGUGCUUGGCUCAUUAUUUGCUGAGCAAUCGGGAUAUUUGCCGGGGAAAAACGGUCCUCGAACUUGGCGGAGGGAUGAGCUGCCUUGCCGGAGUCUUUGUCGCCAAGUACUGUAAACCUACGGCCGUCACCCUGACCGACGGCAAUGUCACCUCCGUUGAUAAUGCCAGGUGUAUCGUCGCCAGGAACAAAUUGGACACCUUUAUAGAUUGUCGUGUCGUUCAGUGGGAAAGGGCAGCCAAGGAUCUGAGGCAGGACGACGUCAACGCCAAUCAUACGUGGUCGACGGACUGGAACCAGCCGGAAUCCCGGCGCACGUCUCAGGCCGGACUCUACGACGUGAUCCUCAGCGCGGACUGUCUCUUUUUCGACGAGGCUCGGCUGGACCUGGUCGAAACGAUAUUCGGAUGGCUGGCUGAGGACGGAAUUGCGCUGAUAGUGGCGCCGAGGCGAGGUUCGACUUUUGAAAAAUUUACGGAAGCCGCGAUCGAGCGGGGCUUCACGGCCAGGCAGCGGGAAUUCUACGACCCUCGAGUUUGGUCGAGGCACCUGGAGCUCGUUGAGCACAGCCAAGAAUACUGCCCGGACAUCCAUUACCCGCUGCUUCUCGAGCUGACCAAGAAGCAAAUCAAGGCACCCGGAUGACGGAGGAUUUUUGCCGAUCAUCCGAUUUCGUUCCAGCAGCGUUUUGCUGUUUUAUUAAAUAUUGUCGAAGUCGUCGCAAUACACGAUUGGGAAACCAAAGAUCAGGGCGUAAGUUUUUCUGAAAUGUAUUCUUAAAUUCCGGUUGUGCGAUUAUCAUUUUUCUCCUUCUCGGGGAAUCGAGGUGGUCCAAACAAUUUGGAUUCAUUGUUUCGGAAACGGAAAGCCGGUAACAAAAUGAAUGCGAAAAUUGAUAUGUUAAUAUAAUAUUAUAUAUAUAUAUGUACAUGUUGUAGCAAUGUUACAAAAGACACGAAAUUAUGUAUAUUGUAAUAGAAAAGCGAAGAGAGACUUUACAUUGUAAACAUUAUUAUACACGGAUAGAUUUAUCCAAUAUAUACGAUAUACGUAAAAUGUGAAUAGAUUUGUCUCGCUGUUAUUUUUGUCCGUUGUAUCAUUUAUUCUAUGUAUAGGAAUGAAAAAACGUGUCUAGUUAUUUUGUUUACCCAAACGACCAAUAUAAUGCUUGCGAAGUCACUCACCUACAAUAUAAUAAAGAUUACCGCCUUGUACCCACAUUUUUAACUAUUAUUAAAAUUCGCCUUAUAUUUAUUAAUUGUGCAAACUUUUCCGUCUGUUCAAGUAAGUAAGGAAUUUUUCUAUUAUUCGUGCCCGUUGAAAAGAAAUUACUUGAAAAAAAAAAAAAAAAUAACCGUACGUAGCACAAGGUGUUCAAUUUUCACGAGAUAAAUAUCUGCAAGA